AUGGAAGCGGCGCUGAUCUUCCUCUGCUCUCUGCUGCUUCCGGUGACCUUUGCAGAUGUGACUGAUCAGAAGGAGGAGAAGGACCCCUUCAACUAUGACUACCAGACCCUGAGGAUUGGUGGCCUGGUGUUUGCCGUGGUCUUCUUCACCGUUGGAAUCCUCCUCAUACUGAGUAGACGAUGUCGGUGCAGCUUCAGCCAAAAGCCACGGGCUCCGGGAGAUGAGGAAGCACAAGCUGAGAAUUUGAUUGCCUCAAACGCAACAGGAGCCCCCAAGGCGGAGAACUGAGCACCGGCUGAGAGACCAAGAGACCAGAUGAUGGACAAGUGGACCCCC